UGCAAUGACAGGGCUUAACCUGCUGUGCGUACACACAGCCUACCAGAAGAGUCUGCCACCCUCGCUGUGAAGCUUAUCUUUAGUGACAGAGAGCAUUUACUUUGACAACCACACUGCCAACCAAGAGUUGUUUCCGCUGACCAGCAACACGACAGCCUAAAUGUUCAUCUGUUGAACAUUUGGACCAGAUAUUGAAGAUGAAGAGAAGAGACAAGACUUUCUCCAAGCAGCAGUCUACUCCAAACCUGUGCACGGACAUGCCUCGUCAGUUUCCCAAGAUCUCACUAAGCGAGGUGGACGAGUCGGUGCGCUUGUUGGCAGAGAAGGUCUAUGCAUCUGCGCUGAAAGAGGAGGACACCAAGAAUGCCCAGUCUAUGUACACUGUGCCAGAAGACUGUCCCAUCGGUCUGAGCGAAGACCGGGAGAGGGAAAUGCGCAAAGAGAUUGCCGAGCAAUGCUCGGAUGAAACCGCUAAAAGGAAGCGGAGUUUCAGGAUGAAGCGAUCCCAGUCAGUAUGUCAGCAGUUUCCCAGUACCCUUAGCAUCAAUCCAGACUGGGCCAUGUCUGUCAUUGCUCCUCUGCUGCCGACAGACCAUCCCAGUAUCCCAGAGAUCACUACAGAGUUUCAGAGGGUCACAAUCAGUGGAGACUAUUGUGCAGGGAUCACAGUGGAGGACUAUGAGCAAGCAGCCAAGACUCUGAUAAAGGCCUUGUUCAUCAGGGAGAAGUACUCCAGGCUGGCUUACCACCGCUUCCCCAGGACCGUCACCCAAUUCCUCCGCCUUGCUGAGAACCAGACUUGGAAAGUAGAAGAUGAGAUCUUGCCGGAGAUGUAUCCCUGUCCUGGUGAGGGGGAGGACCCAUACUCUGUGAAGGACAUCCCAGAAGACCUGAACUACAUGUUGCAGUUGAAGGACGGCAUUGUGAACGUGUACGACAACGCGGAGGCCCUGGAGAAGAAGCAGCCUCGCAGCCUGCCCUACCCCGACCUAGAGACCUUCGCCAUAGAGCUCAGCCACGUCCUCGCCAUGAUCGCAGACGGACCCACGAAAACCUACUGCCACAGACGCCUGAACUUCAUUGCCUCCAAGUUCUAUCUGCACGAGAUGUUGAAUGAGAUGGACGAGCUGAAGGAGCUGAAGAAGGUGCCUCACAGGGACUUCUAUAACGUCAGGAAGGUGGACACCCACAUCCACGCAGCGGCUUGCAUGAACCAGAAGCACCUGCUGAAUUUCAUCCAGACCACCUACAAGACCGAGGCUGACCGCGUGGUGCUGGAGAAGAAUGGCCAGAAGCUCACCUUGAAACAGGUGUUUGACAACCUGGCCAUGGACCCUUACAACCUCACGGUGGACUCCCUGGACGUGCAUGCUGGAAGGCAAACAUUCCACCGCUUUGACAAGUUCAAUUCUAAGUACAACCCGGUGGGAGCAAGUGAACUCCGAGAGAUCUACCUGAAAACGGACAACUACAUCGAAGGGGAAUAUUUUGCACGCAUUGUCAAGGAAGUGGCCCAAGAGCUCGAGACGAGUAAGUACCAGUACGCAGAGCCCAGGAUGUCCAUCUAUGGCCGCUGCCCUGGGGAGUGGAAGAGUCUGGCUUCAUGGUUUAUUCAGCAGAAGGUGCACUCCCCCAACUUGCGCUGGAUCAUCCAGGUCCCCAGGAUCUAUGACAUUUUCAAAUUGAAGAAGAUUAUACCAAACUUCGCCAAGAUGCUGGAGAACAUAUUCCUUCCGCUGUUCGAGGCUACAGUCAAUCCACAAAAAAACAAAGAGAUACACGUUUUCUUGAAAUAUGUGACCGGGUUUGACAGCGUAGACGAUGAGUCCAAGCACAGCGACCACAUGUUCUCCUACAACAGCCCUAAACCUGAGGUGUGGACAUCAAAUGACAACCCCCCAUACACCUACUACCUCUUCUACAUGUACGCCAACAUCAUGGUGCUCAACAACCUGAGGAAGGAACGAGGUCUCAACACGUUUCAGUUCCGGCCCCAUUGUGGCGAGGCUGGUUCCAUUACCCAUUUGGUCUCUGCCUUCCUUACUGCUGACAACAUCUCCCACGGCCUCAACCUGAAGAAGAGUCCUGUUCUACAGUAUCUGUACUACUUGGCUCAGGUCCCUAUUGCCAUGUCUCCUCUGAGCAACAACAGCCUCUUCCUGGAGUACUCCAAAAACCCUCUCAAGGAGUUCCUCCAGAAGGGCCUUUGCGUGUCCCUCUCUACUGAUGACCCAAUGCAGUUCCACUACACCAAGGAGGCCUUGAUGGAGGAGUAUGCCAUUGCAGCCCAGCUGUGGAAACUUACCACCUGUGACUUGUGUGAGAUUGCCAGGAACAGUGUGCUGCAGAGUGGACUGUCUCACGAGGAAAAGAAGCACUUCCUCGGGCACAAUUACCUACAGGACGGGCCGGGAGGGAAUGACAUUAGACGGACCAAUGUGGCGCAGAUCCGUAUGGCCUACCGCUACGAGACCCUGUGCAAUGAGCUAAGCUUCCUGGUGGAUGCCAUGAAGACUGAGGCCAGUGGCACACAGGCAGAUUGAUCACAGCAAUGACAGACCCUUUACUACAUUCCAGUCAAUUAGCAGUCGCUCUUAUCCAGAGGGAGUUACAGUUUGUGCACUCAUCUUAACAUGGCUAGCUGAGACUACCACAUGGUAGAUAUCAACAGAGUUGGUGCUAGAUGGAAUGAAAAGUACAAUGGAGCUGAGCUGUAAUGUGCUGGAAAGGUCUGUGUGAAAAGAUACCUGAGGCAAAUCACACAAUAACAGUGGAUGUUUUAUGUUACUGUUUGCAUAUGUUUUUCAUAUAGAUAAUACUGAACCGAACCAAUCUAAUUCUGUAUACGUUACAUUUAAAUUCUUUAGCAGACACUCUUGCCCAGAGCAAUUGGUGAGUGUACACAUUUUUGUACUGGCCCCCUGUGGGAAUUGUGUCCACAGGUUUGGUAAGUAUUUUUUUGUGGAGCAAUUUAUUUGAAUGCUGCUUUAAUGUGUGCUCCUUGUUUUACUGCUGUAGAGAGCUGUUGAGGUCCACUAUAUGCACUUAAAGGGUGAAAUGUAAUCGUGUGCUGAAUAUAAAAAGGAAAUGGGGAAACUUU